AUGACCAAGGCAGCCCGUCACGAGCAAGGCCCAAGCCGGAUCGCCGCAGCACCCGCACUCGGCCGCCGCUCGAAAGGUGCAAAUACAAGCCACGAUGGCGAUGCCGACUGGACGCUGUUACGUUACCGUAUGCGAAGGGCGGAGGGGGGAAGAGACAGUCGGCGUCGGGACGACAGUCAGCACUCGGCAUGGCUCGCCAGAGUUGGUGUGGUCAGCUGCUCAGCCGCAAGCACACCAACGGAUGCAAAGGCUAGACAUUCGGCCAUGCGGCGCCGUGCCGCGAUUGGGGCGAGUCCGCCUGCCAGGCGGAGCAAAGCCCGUAAGCUGGGGAAGUGGAUGACGCUGCCGUUGACGCUAGACCCGAUCGGCUGA